CAUGUUGAUUAUGAUAUGGAAACAAUUGGGUUAGCGUUGGGAUGAUAAUUACAAGUCUUGGUUUUGAUCAAUUCUAUGGAUGUUUGGAUUUUUUGUUAUGAGAUUAAUAGUCUUAGUAGUUGAAAUCUAAAAGCUGUUUGUAAUUUUGUGAACAUAUAUGUAAUAUGUUAGUGAAUCUUGGAUCUGAAUGAAGCUGGAGAAUAUACAGAACAAAAGUGCUAUGGUUUUUUCAACUGAUCUGCACCUGUUGGAUUGAUGGGUCAUGGGUGUAUAGGACUGUUUGUUUGCUUCUUGUACUUCUACUUUGUACUACUUCAGAUUCUUGCAUUGGAAUCUUAGUCGAAAGUUUGGUUUUUGCAGGUUUCAAUCACGUGAUGCUAGAAUUGAGCUUGUUUUCUAACAUGGGAUAUUUACUGGUUUAUCUUAAGUCUUGAAACUUGGGGUUGUUGUACUUGUAUUUAAAACUUUUAAAUAUUCUGAUUUUCAUGUGAAAUUUUUGCUCCUCAUGGUUCCAAUGAUUUCAAGCUGUAAUUUAGUAUUUUAGUUUGUUUGCUCGUGGAGUUUUUGGGCGAAAUCAAUAGUAGGAUUAUUAUGUAUGCAGUUCGAUGCUUAUGGGUUUUCCAAUUUUGUUUAACUCAGUUAGUCUAUAAAUAGAUCUGAGUGUGAAUUUUCUGCUUCACUGACCCAUCAUUUUCUUGAUUUGGUGAACCCCGGAUCUGAAUCUGAAGAAACCAACACAAAGCAAACUGAAAAUUAUACUUGAUCUGCUCCGAGUGGAUGCUAUAUAUAAGACGGUUUUCUUAAGCCAAUCUGUUGCCACCGCUUCAAGUUUUCAAAAUAUGGGGUCCUACAUGAACUUUAAGAACUUCAGUGAUGCACCACCUGGGGAUGGCGGCAGUAAUAGGAAGCCACAGGGAAAUUCGACGCUGGCUCGGCAGUCUUCUGUAUACUCCUUGACCUUUGAUGAGUUCCAGAACACCUUGGGUGGACUUGGAAAGGAUUUUGGAUCCAUGAACAUGGAUGAACUAUUGAAAAAUAUAUGGACUGCUGAGGAGAUUCAAGCCCUGACAUCUUCAGCUGGUGGGGGAGAAGGUAAUGUUCCCGGUGGAAAUUUGCAGAGGCAAGGAUCUUUGACAUUGCCACGGACACUUAGUCAGAAAACUGUUGAUGAAGUUUGGAGAGACUUGUUCAAGGAAAGUCAUGGUGGUGCUCAAGAUGGGACCGGGGCUAGGGGAUCAAAUGUGCAGCAGAGGCAACAAACUUUGGGAGAGAUGACUUUGGAAGAGUUUUUGGUGAGAGCAGGAGUGGUGAGAGAAGAUACUCAAUUGGCUGGAAGGCCAAAUAAUACUGUAUUCUAUGGUGAACUAUCACAACCAAAUAAUAACACCGGUUUAGCUUUUGGGUUUCAACAACCAGUUCAAAGUAAUGGGGUCUUGGUUAAUCGAAUAAUGGAGAACAAUAAUUCAGUUCCUACUCAGCCUUCUAGUUUAGCACCGAAUGUAGGUGGAGUUAGAUCUUCUCAGCAACAAAUUCAUCGGCAACAGCAACAGCUGCUCUUCCCCAAGCCUGCAAAUGUGGCUUUUACCUGUCCCAUGCAUCUAGCAAACAAUGCUCAGCUUGCUAGCCCGCAAAGGAGGGGUGUAAUGGUUGGAGUUGCAGAGCCUUCUACGAAUAUCGCUUUGGUUCAGGGUGGUGGGUUACAGGGAGGAGGAAUUGGCAUGGUUGGUAUUGGUCCUGGGAGUGUAACAAAUGUGGCUGGAUCUCCUGCAAGUCAGAUAUCAUCUGAUGUGAUUGCAAGGAGUAAUGUAGAUACAUCAUCUUUGUCACCAGUUCCAUAUGUAUUUAGCCGGGGAAGGAAGUGCGGUGGGGCUUUGGAGAAAGUAGUAGAGAGAAGGCAAAGGAGAAUGAUAAAGAAUAGAGAGUCAGCGGCAAGAUCACGUGCUCGUAAGCAGGCCUAUACCUUGGAACUGGAAGCAGAAGUUGCAAAACUUAAAGAAAUGAACCAAGAAUUACAGAGAAAACAGGAAGAAGUUAUGGAAAUGGAGAAAAACCAGAUUUUAGAGAAAAUGCAUCGGCAAUGGGGAAGUAAAAGACAAUGCUUGAGAAGGACGCUGACAGGCCCUUGGUAGAGAGGAUUAAUCUGACUGUGGAUAUAAUUAGUAGUGCUUGAGGACACAGAUGUAGGUGAUGGUGUGGUAUAAGGUUGGAAUGUGCAUCCAUGAUCUGAUUCUGGUCUUAUUCUACAAAGAGCAGGUAGCUGUAUGUAUAGGAGCAGAUAGUGUUUGAGUUGUAAAUUAUACACUAAGAUUAGUUUUAUCCUGUCAAGGAUCAAAACUUUUGUGUUUGUGUAAUUGUGUGGUAUCUAUUUGCUACUCUUUUUUU